AUGAGGUCUAAGGGGUUGGAUGGAUUAGUUUGGGCAAUGAUCCUAUGGCCUCCAAGGUGUAUGCGAACUCGAUCGAGUCGGUCUACAGAGGACUUGGUCGAGCUAGACUUUACAACGGGUAGAAAGAGGGUUCAGAGGUCACAGAGGGUACAAGAGGAACCUGAGGUGCUUGUUGCUGAUACAAUGGAUGUACCAGAGGGGAAUGGAAACCCUUUGGGCAAUGGACUCGGUCGAGCUAGGCAAACUCGACCUCAAGGAGAUGCUCCAAACCGCCACCAACAGAGACAAGGGAUUGUUCCACCACCAGUGCAGAACCACAACUUUGAGAUCAAGCUGGGAAUGAUCAACCUUAUCAAUGGUGUCUCUGAAGAUGCCAUCAAGCUGAGACUCUUUCCUAUGUCUCUAGCUGACAAAGCUCACCAAUGGGAGAAGAGCUUGCCCCAUGGCACAAUCACCACUUGGGAUGAAUGCAAGAAGGCCUUUCUUGCUAAGUUUUUCUCCACCGGUCGCACAGCCAAGCUUAGAGGAGAGAUAUCGAGCUUCAUCCAGCGAAACAAUGAGACAUUCGCAGAGGCUUGGGAGAGGUUCAAAGGCUACACAAGUCAGUGCCCACACCAUGGAUUCAACAAUGAACUACUCUCCACUCUUUAUAGAGGAUGCUUGCCUAGGUAUAGGGAGAUGCUAGACACAGCUAGCAAUGGGAACUUCCUCAACCAGGAUGUAGAUGAUGGCUGGCAACUUGUGGAGAACAUCGCUAACUCCAAUGGAAGCUAUGGAGAAGAGUAUGAUCGCACCAAUCGGAGCUCGACCCACCACUCGAUCGAGUCAGACGAAAAGUUGAGAAAAGAUGUUAAGGCAUUGAAUGAGAAGUUGGAUAAGCUGAUCUAG